CAUGCAGCCAUAUUAUUAAACACAUUCCUAAUUAAAAUUAACAUGUCACUGUCAAAUUGAUCAAUGUUUUUAAAUACAAUUACAAUUUUAAUAUUAAUUUAGUAAUUUUAUAAUCAUUUCUGAUAUAUUUUAUAAGUAAUAAUGUUUUCGGAAGAUGGUUACCUAGGCUGUCCAAAGGGAGUAGAAAGUAUUAUGACUCUGAAUAAAAAUUUGAAUGCAAAAGUCAUAGAUCAAGUGAACAAUACUCAAGAGCUGGUAAUGCUAAACAAUUUUGCAAGGGAAACCAAUGAGUAUCAAUUCAAGAAGUGUUUGCAAGAAAGGAUAUCGGAUAUAAUAUCUUGGCAGUGGGUUCUCGAAGAUUUGUCCAAGCGUUUAAACGAGGCGAUUGGUGCGUUACGUCACGAGCACAACGCCUUACGAGUUGUGGUGCAAAGAAUACAAAAUGAAAUAAAUGAACACUCGAAGGAAGCUAGUAGGCCGGGAGCUCUGAAACCUUUGAGCGAUGCGGUCGAGGAAGCUAUUACGCAGGAAUUCAACUUCUUACGCGAUGAGAAGAAAAAAUUCGAAAACAUGAUUCCAGAAUUGGAGAAACAAAUCAGUAAUUUAGAGAAAACAAGAAAAAGAAUAGAGGUUGAUAUACUUAACAAACAACAGGCACUUUCUGUGGAAGAAUCAUGUUCAAAUAUUGAUACAAAUUCUACCUCUAAAAUUAUUAGUCAGAAGAAAAGAAGAAGAUUUUCACCAGUAUCACGAUGGGAGAAUCGAUGCGCAUCUUUAAAAAGGGCUGGUCUUCGAGCUCUAACGAGCGCUAUAAUAACUAGACAACAGGUGAGAGGGGCGAGAGUAUAUCUUUCAAUAGCAGCACAAGCUUACGCGGCCAGAGUGGACGCUGCUCUCAGAAGGCGGUUACAUGCAAACACAAGCAAACUACAUGAACUGGAAUGGCAAAGAGCGGAGGUGAUAAAGGACAUGAAAUCGCUAGACGAAGAGAUGCUAACGACAGAACAAAAUUUACUCGAUACCCUGAAACAGGAACGUGUGAUUGUGGCUAGGCUUGCUGAUCGUACAUUAAAACCGCCCGGAGAACUGACCAGAGAUAACGUUGACAUUAAACUCAAGGAUGAACUGUCUCGACUCAGGCACUUCACAAAAUAUUUGAGGAGCAAUAUCGAUAGAAUAAGUUCCUUACAGAAACAUCUGAUGGAGUCCAUAACACAGAUAGAAUGUUGCGCUGAAGAUAUAGUUCAAGUCACGCACUUAGAUGAAGACAGGAUACGAUCCCGGCUUGGGAAUGUGAAAUGUAACACGAAAACCUCUCAUGGGUCACCAGGUCCAUCAACAAAAACUAAUCAUGCUUCAAUACCCCUUUCCCAGGGGAUCCCUCUAACUGCAAUUAUGGAGGAAGAUGAAAAUGUCGAUGACUAUCCCAUUGAUGACUGACUGCGUUUUCUAUAAAAUAAAAACAUUUUUGGAUGGACAUGUUUUCUACUUUGAUUUUAUUUAAUUUUGGUUUAUGAUAAUUUAAUACCUAAGUCAACAUAUAGGGUACUUCUUACUUUAAUAAAAUGUCUUAUUUUCAAAGAAAAACUCUGUACCAAGAUAUUUCAAUUUAGCUAGAUGUAUUAAAUAAAUAAUAUAUAAGAUAA